UCUGUCUAUUUAAUUGGAUGGCCUAAGUAAACGCAUAAAUUUUUUGCUGGAAAGCUGCAAAUAAUCUUCCAGCGAAGGCCAUAAACCUUUUAAGAAGUUGAAGUAUUUUAGCUUAAUGGAAGGCGAACAUGUACGGGACGACAGAGAAGGGUCUGAUGCUCAAAAAACAGAAACGAAUUACAACGCCGACGAAGAAAUAGAUCGGGAUGAAGUCAGUAUAACAGAGAAGAUUGCGAUAGCAGCCGAGCAGAAUGUAGAUGGCCUAGCCUCAACAGAUGAUAAAAAACAUGACACAGAAAUUGCUGAUCAAAUGGCACAACAUUUCGAUGACAAUAAUGAAACUGUGCUAGUUGAUGCAAAUGGUACGGAUAACGCUGAAAGCACCGAAAGCUACGAGUUUGCCAAUGGAAGCGACGAGACUUCCUCUUGGGAAUCUUUUUCAGGACAUGACAUUGAGGAAGCAGAAGCAAUGGUACAUCAGGAUGGUGGACCUUGCAGGUGCCAAAACUGCAUGGAAAUGUCCAUGGCUCACUCUGCGCGCAUAAUGGAAAGAUCUACACACACUGACUUUGAGUUAUCGGAUAAUGUUGUUAAAAUUGAAACAGAUGAUGGAUGUAAGAUAUAUGUUGUGGGAACUGCACAUUUCAGUAUGGCAAGUCAAGAAGACGUUAGCCAGACUAUACAGACAGUCUGUCCAGAUGUUGUUAUGGUUGAGCUGUGUGGGGGAAGAGUUAGUAUAAUCCAGUAUGAUGAGGAGACAUUGUUGAGGGAAGCAAAAGACAUCAGCAUGGCAAAACUGAAAAUGGCAAUUAAAGAGAGUGGAUUUGUUGGAGGAGUAAUGCAGCUCCUUCUAUUGAGCAUGUCUGCCCACCUGACAAAACAGCUUGGAAUGGCACCUGGUGGAGAAUUCAGAAGGGCAGUCAAAGAGGCCAAGAAGAUUCCAGGUUGUCAAGUCUUACUUGGUGACCGCCCUGUUCAGAUCACACUCAGUAGAGCAAUGGCUGCUUUAUCGUUCUGGCAAAAAUUGAAAAUGGGUUGGUGUUUGCUCACGUCUCGAGACCCUAUAAGCAAAGAGGACAUCGAAAAAUUCAAGCAAAAAGACAUGCUAGCAGAAAUUUUAAAAGAAAUGACAGGGGAUUAUCCGAUGCUGACAAAAGUGUUUGUGAAUGAGAGGGAUCUAUACAUGGCUCACACACUGCGCAAGGCAGCAAGACCUGUGCCUAUUGUUGACGAGACUGGAGCAAUAUGUGGACACGAACCGGCUGUAGUCGUUGGGGUCGUAGGACUCGGCCACUUAAAUGGCAUCAAAGAGAAUUUCGGUAAACACGUCGAUAUGGUGGAUUUACUAAAGGUUCCCAAGCCAUCUGCGAGUUCAAAGAUUUUCAAAUACACUUUUAGAGCCUUUCUCGUUGCGGCAAUUAGCUGGGGUGUUUUCAAGCUGGUCAAAUGGACAGGCGUGUGUUGACUUCCGUAUUUAUUUUCUUCGAAAUUGUGAACCAAUAUUUGUUGUCCGUUAGUUUUAGCCUAAGAUAUCUGGCCUCUGCUGUAGACAAGGAAAGCCUCGUCUGCGUAUGAUCAUGUGACUCUGAGUCGUGACACUUAAGAAUCCACGUGACUGGUGUAACCACAUCUCCUUAAUUGAUUGGUCACUUUGUGGCUGGCAGGUUUAUUUCCACCAAUCAGAUUCCUUUCUAUAAUUCUGUUACGAGAUAUUUGCCAAGAAAUCUCUCAAGGUUCAAGAGUCACGACUCACAAUUGCGAUUUAUUGAUUAAAAUCUCUGUAUCGUUUGCCAGAAACCUCAAAAUUCCAAUGGAUCGCAAAAAGAUUUGAGAAAUUUUUCUUUAAAACUGACAUGAAUACCUUAAAAUGUGGUUAGCAUUAUUUUCAAAAAUUGGAGGACAUUAGCGUAUAAAAUAUUUUCAAAAAUUUGCUGGAGUUUCAAAUUCUUAAGUAUUUUAUUGUUUAUUUUACGUGUUGCUAGAGUUUGUCCUGAAUCUUUGAAUUUUCUCAUGAUAUGAUAAUUAUUCAAAAUGUUUCAACAGAUUUAAUACGCCGUCGCUUUCUGUGUGUCGUAGGGAUAUCAAGUUUCUUUUUAGAUCUCAAGUUGUUACAGUUUUCUUUAUUUAGGUUUUUAGCUACAUCUAAUAGAGUGAAUAAAUAUGACAUCGUCAAAAAUCUGUUUUUAAAAAUUUCUUAAUUUGACACAUUAUCUGAAAGAAAGGUAAAAAAUACCUCUCUAAAUGCAAAAUCAGUUAGAUAUGUUGAAAUUAGGACAAGAUAUGGCCGAUAAAAGAUUUCAUAAAGUUAUGAACCAAGAUCAAAUUACAGAGGUUUGAUGGGACAAAAGCCUGUGCUAAUGUGACCAUAUCUAAGUCAAUUCGUAAUGCCUUUAGUUGGUUUUGCACAUUUAGAGGUAUUUCAUUUUUGUGACGUCAUCACUUUGGAACUCCAUUGGUAUCUGAACCUUUAGGGACAUUUUUUGCUUGGGCCAACAAAACCUAAUCAGUUUUUGCCUAUUUGAAAUUAAAACACAUUUACCUUCUAUUCUUUGUACAAUCCAUUUUCGAGGAGGCUGGGAAUCUGAAAAGUCGAAAAGACAACGGUAGUUCAGUAACGUUUGUUGCAAGUUUGGUAAGCUGCAAGGCCGUUCUCCCCAACAACUUGGAAGCUUGGAAUCUUGGAAGCUUGGAUAAUGUUUUUCGCAGAUAGCAGUUUUUAUUGCUUCGGAAAGUUCUUAUCGAGAAUCCGGACAAACAUCUUCGCAUCAUUCGGGCGAAUGGUGUCGAAUCAAGCUGCCCUAAAGGUGGAAAUAAAGUUGCUAAUUAGAAAGGAAGCUCUAAAUUCAGCAAUCAAAAUUCCGCAUAAUGUGUCUUCUCAUUUGCAUCAACUUAUUUUCCUUCAGGCUACUUGCCCGGUUGGUGAAUUACCGUGGUCUUUCUGCAUUCAUAGAUCACAUGAUGGUUGGAAGUUUAAUAGUUUUGGAUUGAAAACGGCUGAAUCUUGUUGCGUCUUAAAAUUUAUUUAGAUUGAAAAUGGUACUUAGAGGGUUGAUAAGGUGUCUACAUAUAUUUAUAUUUCAAAA